AUUCUUGUGAAGAAGGCAAAAAGGGUAGAGGUCGUGCGAUCUCAUGGGUCGCGGCGUAGACCGAAGUAGUGCGUAGUGGUCUUUUUUACUCCUGGAGUGGGCACAUUCACUCACGAACAAGAGCAGGAACAUCAAAUAGAUUAAGAGGACUCACUUGUACCCGUAUAAUACUAGUAAUAUCAAAUUGAAAUAAAAACUACAUCAUCUGUAACGCACAAGCAGGCAAAAGGAAAAUGAUCUACUUACGAACUAUCUGAGUGAGUGAGUGAAUCUAUAACGUGAUAAGACAUGAUCUACGGAUUUGAUGUUGAUCAUCCUGGGAUCUAAAAAGAUACCGCCAGGCUAUUAUACUCAUAGUUUCCCUCUAUCGCGUGCUUUUUAUGAGGCCUUCCGCAGGUUCCUCUCUACAGAGUGCUUGCGUGCGUGGAAGCCGUACGUCCAAGCAAUAACCUGAACAUAAGGCAUGAUCUUCAGUAGCUUUGUUGUUGAGGGUGAGAAAAAAGAGUGUUGCUUAUCUCUUGUUCAACGCCGCCACAACGAGAAGGUACUAAAGCCAAGGCUCUUAUCACUGACAUAGUAGCUGUAUCAUGAUAUCAUUUCCUAAGGAAUGGCUGAGAUGGAUGGAGACAAAUAAUGAUACUAAUGAUAAUGAUUAAUCGUGAGCGCCGCGUUUCCGAGCGAGGCUACGGCCCCCUUUCGCCACGCCGACGCACAUAGCGUCCUGACAGUAAUAGUACUAACAAGCAUAAUAUAUGAGUAAUAUUUUAAUGGGCCGAAGCCUUCCAGAUAUUAUGACCCUGGCCGGCUUGUCCCUGUUGUUGUGGUGGUGGUGUUGCCGAGUCACAUCCACAGCCUAAACAGAACGCAGCUGCGUGCCGUUCGUAUCCUUAUGGUGGUACGCUAGUGAAUGACCAUCCACAGGCAUCACCGUGCGGCAUCAUCUUAGGAGGAUUCCCAUUAGCAUAAGGACCCCGGUCGCUAUAAUCAUCGUCAGAAGAUUCAGAGCCUUGAGCCUGAUCCUGAUGAUGGUGAAGGUGAUAAUAGUGCGCAGAUGAUAAUAGUGCGCAGAUGAAUACUAUUAGUCACGGCGCCGCGCGGUCUCCAUAGUGCAUCCUCAUAAACCUAAACCGGAAACAAGGAAGAGACUCAGAUUGAUGUCGAUCGAUGAAACAACUCACAAGAAGACUCAGAUGAAGCCUCAGAAGUUGCUAGAUACUCAGAAGUUAGAUGCUUAACGUUGAAAGACAGGCAUUAACCAACCAUGAGUAGGCUUUUCGUAGUCCUUCUCGUCGUCUCUAAAAAUUGAUUUCGCAUCUCGUUCUCGCAACUUAAAAGUAACUUUCUACAACUAUGUAGCUAACUGAUUCCGCAUCUUGUUUUCGCAACUUCGUUCUUUUUUCUUUCUGUAGGUUGUUUGCGUUUUACCUGCUGUUCGUUUUAAUUAUAUGUCACGGCUUGCUUGAGUAGUUGUUAGCUUUAGCAUCCUAGAGUUCACUUGAGUUUUCUCCUCCUAUCUCAUUCUUGAGCUGUCUCUGUGUGUCUGUGAAAUGUUUGCUUUCUCUGCGCCCACCACUGCUGGUGCGUCGAACUCUUCGAAAAACUUGUAAUUGUAAUUGUAAUAUUCAGAUUGAAUUGUUGCACACGACCACCCAAAAUGAAUACUAGUGUGGCCACCAAAAAUACUGACCUGAUGCACUAAAAGAGAAGAACAUUUUCUACCAAAGAGAAGCACGUGGUGC